AUGUCUCUCCCCCAGCGUCCUGGACGCCCUGAGCUGUCCUCGCAGCCCUCCUUCCGCGACUCCUACCAUCGCCGCCGACACGACAUCGAGGCCGGCGGCCAGAAUGAGACCCCGACCACCCCGUCGUCGCGCCGAAACCAGGGCUACUUCGCCGCCAGCCCUCACUCGCCCGGCCCGCCCCAAGACCAGGAUGCCGCCCGGGACCUCAACCGCAAGCGCAGCCUGAUUCGACCCGAGAGAACUCGCAUCGGCCGCGAUCACCCCAAUUACCAUUACCGCCAGCAUGCCCAGAAUAUGCCCACCUAUCCGUCCACCACCGGCAACGACCCCGUGGCGGAGGACCCCGUCGAAGUAGAAGGCGGGACUAUCAGCUCGGGAAGCACCGACAUCAAGAGCUUAAAACCUGAAAGGGGCAGUCCCGGCUCCGACUACGAUACCCGCCAGGCACCCACGCCGCGGCACGCAGUUUCCAAGGAGGAAUCACAGGCGAAAGUACAGAGAAAACUGUCCCGAAAAGCGUCCCGAUCGCGCCAGGAACUGGAGAGGAGACGCCAGAAGGAACUCGAGGCCAUCCGUCCCCCCAGUCUCUGGAACGUGUACUGCGCCAUGGUCACCUUCUGGUGUCCGGAUUUCAUCUUGAAAUGCCUAGGCAUGCCGGCAAAGGCCCAGAGGCGAGCUUGGCGUGAGAAAAUGGGACUCAUCAGCUUGAUUCUCUUGAUCUGUGCCUUUGUGGGUUUCCUGACUUUUGGCUUUACGCAAGUCGUCUGCGGGAGCCCCGGCGUUCGCCUCAAGAUCAACCAUGUGGGUAGCGGCUAUUUGAUCAUUCACGGCAAAGCAUAUGACCUGACUCGCUCCACGCAUCCGGCCGCCAUCGGCGUCCCUGGUGGCUCAAACGUCCUGUUCGAUCUGCCCGAGAAGUACGGUGGCCGAGAUGUCAGCUUCAUGUUCCAGAAUGUCAACGGUGCCUGCAAGGGCCUCAUCACCCCCGUUGAGAAUUCGGGAAUCCCCACCAAUGCCGAAAAGGAGAUGGGCUGGUACUUCCCCUGCGUCGCCUUCAGCCAGGACGGUUCCACCCAGCCCAAUUUCACCCAGCCGGAAUAUACGGGAUAUGCGUGCCACACCACUCCCAGAGCCAGGAAUGCACUCUACGAAUUGAACUCCGAUGGCGAGGUCUACUUCACUUGGGAUGAGGUCAAGAAUAAGACGCGGAACCUGGUUGUCUACUCCAACAAUGUUCUCGAUUUGGAUCUCCUGUCGUGGUUUAAUUCCAGCCAGGUGAUGUACCCAUCUCGCUUUGAUGAUAUUCGAAACAAUGCCGGCCUCAAGGGCUUGGAUGUCACCCACCUGCUCCAGUCGCGUUCGGACAAGCAGAUUGCAAAGUGUCUCUCAGAAAUCGUCAAGGUCGGAUCCGUGGACACCGAAACCGUUGGCUGUAUUGCGUCGAAGACAGUCUUGUAUAUCUCUUUGGUCUUCAUUCUGUCUGUCGUGCUAGUAAAAUUCUUGCUUGCCUUACUAUUCCAGUGGUUCAUCGCCAGACGCUUCGCCGCCCCCAAGACCGCCAUGGACCCGCAAUCGAAGGAGCGCAAGCGCCAAAUUGAAGACUGGAGUGAUGACAUAUACCGCCCUGGACCCCGCCUGACGGAUCCUGCUGUCCCUGAUCGUGCCUCGAAACGGGGAAGUAGACUGUUCCCUACGACGUCCCGAUUCUCUAGCCCCUAUGUCAUUGGAGCCCAGAAACAACGGCCAACGCCCACGACGAUGGCUAGCCAGAAUACCGGCAGCCGACUCAAUGCCCCAUCGUCGAUGUAUCAAUCUGGAAAGAAUCCCAGUCAAGCCACGCUUAGUGUUGAGCCUUUCAAUCGUCAAAGCGUUGCUGCCAGCAGAUCCAGCCUGAUGGUGCCAGACCCACGUUACUCUACGAUUAGCGACAUGGAAGGCCAAGGACCCGCUGAGAUGAUCCAUGAAGCUGUUGUUCCCCAGCCCCCUCCGGAAUGGCAGCCAUUUGGCUAUCCCCUGGCCCACGCGCUCUGCCUUGUUACCGCAUAUUCCGAAGGUGAAGAGGGUCUGCGUACCACUCUAGAUUCAAUCGCUAUGACGGAGUAUCCCAACAGCCACAAAACGAUCAUCGUUAUUUGCGACGGUAUGAUCAAGGGUAAAGGUGAAAAAAUGUCAACCCCUGAAAUCUGCCUGGGCAUGAUGGGUGACUAUGCCAUUCCUCCGGAAGAUGUCCAGGCUUUCUCCUACGUUGCCGUGGCCAGUGGAUCUAAGAGACAUAACAUGGCUAAAAUCUACUCCGGUUUCUACGACUACGGUAAGGCGUCCGUGGUUCCUCGAGAGAAACAGCAGCGGGUCCCGAUGAUGGUCAUUGUCAAGUGCGGUACACCCGAUGAGUCGAAGAACAGCAAGCCUGGAAACAGAGGUAAACGCGACAGUCAGAUUAUUUUGAUGUCGUUCCUCCAGAAAGUUAUGUUCGACGAGAGAAUGACGGAAUUGGAAUUUGAGAUGUUCAACGGAUUGUGGAAGAUUACUGGAAUCUCGCCCGAUUUCUACGAAAUCGUGCUCAUGGUUGACGCCGAUACAAAGGUGUUCCCGGAUAGUCUGACGCAUAUGAUUUCUGCGAUGGUUAGCGACCCCGAAAUCAUGGGUCUUUGCGGUGAGACGAAGAUUGCCAACAAGGCUCAGAGCUGGGUCACUAUGAUCCAGGUCUUUGAAUACUUCAUUUCGCAUCAUCUUUCGAAAUCAUUUGAGUCUGUUUUCGGUGGUGUCACCUGCUUGCCUGGCUGUUUCUGCAUGUACCGUAUCAAGGCGCCCAAAGGCGGGCAGAACUACUGGGUGCCGAUUCUCGCCAACCCAGACGUCGUCGAGCAUUAUUCCGAGAACGUGGUGGACACGCUGCACAAGAAGAAUCUACUGCUGCUCGGCGAGGACCGAUAUCUCUCGACGCUGAUGCUCAAGACCUUCCCCAAGCGAAAACAAGUCUUCGUGCCCCAGGCCGUGUGCAAGACCACCGUGCCGGACGAGUUCAAAGUGCUUCUCUCCCAGCGCCGGCGGUGGAUCAACAGUACGGUGCACAACCUCAUGGAACUCAUCCUCGUGCGCGACCUCUGCGGCACGUUCUGCUUCAGCAUGCAGUUCGUCGUGUUCAUGGAGCUCGUGGGCACGCUGGUGCUGCCGGCAGCCAUCGCCUUCACCUUCUACGUCGUCAUCAUCUCCAUCAUCAAGAAGCCCGUGCAGAUCAUCCCGCUCAUCCUGCUGGCGCUCAUCCUCGGUCUGCCCGCCAUCCUGAUCGUCGUCACCGCCCACCGCCUGUCGUACGUCGCGUGGAUGUUCAUUUAUCUGCUGUCCUUGCCCAUCUGGAAUUUCGUGCUGCCCACGUAUGCGUACUGGAAGUUUGAUGAUUUCAGCUGGGGCGAUACGCGCAAGACCGCGGGCGAGAAGACUAAGACCGCGGGUAUUGAGUAUGAGGGCGAGUUUGAUAGUAGUAAGAUUACGAUGAAACGAUGGCGUGAUUUUGAGAAAGAACGCCGCAUAAGAACCGGGACCGGUGGCUUCUCUCAGUCCACGACGAAUUUUUCGCAUUAUCCGCAACAUAACUCCGUUUACGAAUCGGAUUAUUAG